GCUCCAUUAGUUCCGUACGUGCGGUCGUCGUCGUAACAGUUCCUCCCGUUCAAUUAGCUUAGAACUUCAGUUUUUUUUUUUUUUGUUCCGUGUCUUCCCCCCGAAUGUUCUCUUCUACGACGUUCAACUGAUAGUGGAUAACGUCAGCGAAGCUUGAUUUGUUUAGUGUUUAGUGUGCACAUUGCAUUGCAAGGUGGAUUGAUAGCCUGAAUCCGCGCAGAGCUGAUAAGCCGGCCGCGGGCUGGGUUCGAUUCUCGGCUGAUUCCCGCGAUCGUUGGUCAGUUGAGUCGCAGUAGCCUGGGAGGGAGCAUCCCAUCGACAAGCUAGCCAGGCUAGCUGAUAAAGAACGACACCGCGGCCUACUUCGUCUCCAUCGAGAAAUUAAGAAAAAGAAAAGUGCCUUUUGUAUGUUAUAUAAGUGAGAGUGUGUGCCUUUGUACGUAUUCGUAUAACAAUGGUUAAAGUGUGAAACUAUAAAAAAAAUAGUGACUCGUUGUGCAUAGGGUAAAGAUGACAACACAAAUUGAUUUAUGUUUGUGUUCUAUGCUGCAAUGAAGUCAACACUACAAUAAGAAGGAAGAUACCCCGGGUUUGAACUUCAAAAACAUCAACAAACUGAACACGCGUGUGUCGCGUGGAACCGGUUUUCGGCGCGCACUUUGGAACGCCUUGAACAGGGGUCGCGAGAUUUAAUGAUCAGCCACAGCCGGACCGGAGCAGCAGCAGCACAUUGUUGAGUCUCUGUACAUGCAUGUAGUUCAGCGAACGACAACGACUUAAUCAAGAAAGAUGUCACACGAAUCCGAGGAGGAAAAGAUGUCGCACGAAUCUGCGGGGAAAAAGAUUCGUAACCGGCGGAAACAAAGCGUUACGAGGGCCGAGGAGACCCCCACCAAGGAGACCCAACAGCAAAUCUUACAACCGGACCAACUGACACAACAAAUCAACAAACCAAAAAGCGGUCGAAAGAGCAGGAAAAAAACAAAGACGUCGUCCGAAUCUAAGGAGGAAAAGAUUCGCUACCAGCGGACACCUAGCGUUACAAGGGCCGAGGAGAUCACAACCGAGGAGACCAAACAGCCAAAAUUACUACCGGAGAAACCAACCCAACCAACCAAAGAGCACAGCUCAAAGACCAUGACAGAAACAAAGAUGUCGCACGAAUCUGAGGAGAAAAAGAUUCGCUACCGGCGGACACAAAGCGUUACGCGGGCCGAGGAGAUCACCACCAAGACGACCAAACAGCGAAAGUUACAACCGGACAAACCAUGCCACCAUCCGCGGGAUUCGCUGUUCUCGUGGAGUUCGGGCUUUGGCAACUUUACCGGCCUGGUCAAUUGGGGCUUUCUGCUGCUCACGAUGGGAGGCUUUCGGCUGGUGCUCGAAAAUCUUAUCAAGUACGGCAUCCGCGUCGAUCCGGUCCAAUGGUUCGUGGUUCUUACGGGGAAGGGCGAGGGCGAGGGCUACCCGUCGUUGGCGCUGGUGUUGUAUUCGGUGAUCCCGGUCGUGCUCUGCCUGGUGGUCGAGAAGUGCCUGGCCAAAGACACGCAUUUGAUGUUUGGAAUCAGCACCACGACUUUGGAGAAUGUCGGCAUGGUCGUACACGUGAUCAACAUCAUUGUCGUCGUGCUGAUCCCGAUGGUGUUCAUUCACGUCAGAGGGCAUACCUUUAGUCUCGUGGGUGCCAUGGCGGUGUGCUUCCUGUACUGUAUCCUGUUCCUGAAGCUGUGGAGCUACGUGCAGGUCAACAUGUGGUGUCGCGCCAACCUCAAGCAGCGUGGCCCUCGGAAGCUGCGACGGCAGAGCGUUUCGAUCGGGGUGAUUCAAAACGAACGCGAACACAACGGCUCCAACGGGACCAACGGAACCGCCAACGGCUUCCGCCCAAACUCAGACUCCAAAGACAAAGCCAUCCCCGAUCUGGUCCUCUACCCGAACAACCUGCACCUGAAGGAUCUGCUCUACUUCCUGCUGGCUCCAACGCUCUGCUACGAGCUCAACUUCCCGCGCACUUCCCGCAUCCGAAAGCGCUUCCUCAUCAAACGCCUCCUGGAGGUCGUCAUCGGAUGGCACAUCGUAAUGGGUCUGUUCCAGCAGUGGAUGAUUCCGUCCGUGCGCAACUCGCUGAUCCCGUUCUCCAACAUGGACCUGACCAAGACGAGCGAACGGCUCCUCAAGCUGGCCAUUCCGAACCACCUGAUGUGGUUGUGCUUUUUCUACCUGACCUUCCACUCGUUCCUGAACCUGAUGGGUGAAGUGUUGCACUUUGCCGACCGCAAGUUCUACAACGACUGGUGGAACGCCAACAACAUCGACAUCUUCUGGCGCAACUGGAACAUGCCCGUGCACAACUGGUGCGUCCGUCACCUCUACCUUCCGAUGAUCGACCUUGGCUGCCCGAAGCAGGCGGCCACCGUUACGGUCUUCUUCUUCAGUGCCUUCUUCCACGAGUACCUCGUGUCGGUCCCGCUCAAGACCUUCAAGAUCUGGGCCUUUAUGGGCAUGAUGGCGCAGAUUCCGCUCUCGUUCGUGUCCAAGUUUAUGGAGCGGCACUACGGCCCCCGGCUCGGCAACACCGUCGUCUGGGCCUCGAUCAUCCUGGGUCAACCGCUGGCGAUCAUGAUGUACUACCACGACUACAUGAUUACGCACUACAACGACGAGCUGCUGCUUAAUGGAGCUACUUAGACGACGACGACGACGAAGAUCAUCACGAAGCAACGAAUCAGGGUGCAAACAUAGAUGUUUCUAUUGUUCUGUUCUCUAGUUUUUUGUGUGCAGAGUAUCUACAGUGACGCCAUACAUCACAACACACAAACAAAAUCACAUUCACGUGUUAUGCAUGCAUUUUUUUUUCGGUAGAUGAUAAGCAUAUUUUGUACGUUUAUUGCUUUUACAAAUAAAUGUAAACAAUUGUGAAACAAAA